AUGAAGAUAUGCUCUGUUGUGUUUCAGGUGCUUAUGUUCUUAUGUGUGUUUUAGGGAAAGUCACGUUAUCUCGUGGGUGUUUCCCCUUCAACUUGGAAUCCCUUAGUUUAUCUGGAUUACAAUAACUUCUGGAGGACCAUGGACAAGCUGGGAAGAGAGAUUCCUCCUGAAGCACCAUGGAAUGCUCCACGUGCUGAGGAAUGGGACAAAAUGACCAUGGAGGACCUGAUAAAUAAGAUUUGCUGGACCAAAGCUGUUAAAGAAUUUGCCACCUUUUUUGUGAAUGUCAACGUCACGUCUGAGCCUCAUGAAGUCUCUGCUCUCUGGUUCCUGUGGUAUGUGAGGCAGUGUGGGGGCACAUCCAGGAUUUUCUGUAUCACCAAUGGGGGCCAGGAGAGGAAGUUUAAAGGGGGUUCUGGUCAGAUAUCGGAGAAAAUAAUGGAACGCCUCAAAGGCAGAGUUAAACUGGAGAGACCUGUGGUCCGUAUUGAUCAGACAGGUGAUAAUGUUGUUGUGGAGACUCUAAACCAUGAGAUAUAUGAGGGCAAGUAUGUGAUCAGUGCUAUCCCUCCAAUCCUGACAACGAAGAUUCAUUUCAAACCUGAACUGCCACCAAAGAGAAACCAGUUAAUUCAGCGUCUGCCUAUGGGCUGUGUCAUAAAAACCAUGGUGUACUACAGGGAAGCCUUCUGGAAGAGGAAGGGUUAUUGUGGUUCCUUCGUCAUUGAGGAUGAGGAGUCUCCAAUUGGAAUUACCAUAGAUGACACAAAACCUGAUGGAUCUUUCCCUUCUAUUAUGGGUUUCAUCCUUGCCAGAAAAGCUGUUAAACUGGCCCAUCUCAGUAAGGAGGAGAGGAAGAAGAAGAUCUGUGAGGCAUAUGCCAAGGCAAUGGGGAUGGAAGAGGCUUUACAUCCUGUGCAUUAUGAAGAAAAGAACUGGAGCAUGGAGCAAUAUUCAGGGGGUUGUUACACAGCCUACUUCCCACCAGGCAUAAUGUAUUCUUAUGGAAGGAUCAUUCGCCAGCCUGUUGACAGAAUCUACUUUGCUGGCACGGAGACAGCUACCCAAUGGAGUGGAUACAUGGAGGGGGCUGUGCAGGCAGGAGAGAGAGCGGCCAGAGAGAUAUUGUAUAGCAUGGGCAGGAUCUCAGAGAAUGAGAUUUGGAUGCCAGAGCCAGAGUCACAGGAUGUCCCAGCCCGACCGUUCACCACCAGCUUCUGGGAGAGGAACCUGCCAUCUGUGCCAGGACUGCUGUGCCUGCUUAGCUCUACCCUGUGUUUCACCUCUGUGGCUGCUGCGGGGCUGUUUGCCUGUAAAAAGGGACUACUAAUUCGAAAUUAG